GAUCCUAAUAUUUCGAUACACACUGAUAAUCCAGACCUGACGCCGUGUUUCCAGAAUACCAUCCUAGCAUGGAUCCCAAGCAUUUAUUUAUGGACUGCCUUACCCUUUUAUCUUCUCUAUCUAAAGCACUAUAAAAGAGGAUACAUCAUACUUUCCAUGCUGAGUAGGUUCAAGACGGUGUUGGGUGUCCUGCUGUGGGGUGUGAGCUGGGCAGAUCUCUUCUACUCUUUCCAUGAGGUCCUGCAAAGCAGAACUGUGCCACCAGUUUACUUUGUAACUCCCCUGGUUGUUGGCAUCACAGUGCUCUUAGCUACGUUACUUAUUCAGUAUGAGAGGCUGAGAGGAGUGCAGUCCUCUGCUGUACUCAUUAUCUUCUGGUUUUUGUCUGUGCUCUGCGCCGUGGGGCCUUUCCGGUCCAAGAUCAUGACUACCACAGCACAGGGCCAUGUAAAUGACAGAUUCAGGUUUACCACGUUUUACAUCUACUUUGCUUUGAUAAUCAUUGAGUUGAUCCUUUCAUGUUUUAAAGAAAAGCCUCCAUUUUUUUCUCCUGUUAAUACAGAUCCUAAUCCAUGUCCAGAGUUUACCUCAGGCUUUCUCUCAAGAUUGACCUUUUGGUGGUUUACAAGCAUGGCAAUUCUUGGUUACAAGAGGCCCCUUGAAGAUAAAGAUUUAUGGUCGCUGAAUGAAGAUGAUACUUCAAAAAUUAUUGUACAGCAACUGAGUAAGGAGUGGGACAGAGAAAAAGCAGAGUGGAAACAGAAAGAAGAUGUGACAUAUAUGAAGAAAUCUAACCAUAUGCUGAACCAUGUUGGUAAUGGCCCAGAGGAGGCAGAAGUUCUAAUUAGAGACAAGAAGCACAGUAGAAAGCCCUCCUUUCUCAAAGCAUUGUUGAGGACCUUUGGGCCGUACUUCUUAAUUGGCUCCUUCUUCAAGCUGAUACAAGACCUACUUUCUUUCGUCAACCCUCAGCUGUUAAGUGUAUUAAUCAACUUCAUUAAGAACAAAGAUGCCCCAGCCUGGUGGGGAUUUUUGAUUGCGGCUUUGAUGUUUACCUGUGCUGUGCUGCAGACUCUCAUACUUCACCAGCAUUUCCAGUACUGUUUUGUCACUGGAAUGAGGCUGAGAACUGGGAUCAUUGGAAUGAUAUACAGAAAGUCCUUAGUCAUCACGAACUCAGCAAAACGCUUGUCUACUGUUGGAGAAAUUGUCAACUUGAUGUCAGUGGAUGCCCAGCGUUUCAUGGAUCUGGUGACCUUCCUGAACAUGUUGUGGUCUGCACCACUCCAGAUAUUUCUAGCUUUGUACUUCCUCUGGCAGACUUUAGGGCCUUCGGUGUUGGCAGGAGUUGCUGUGAUGGUUUUACUUAUCCCGUGCAACGCUGCAAUAGCAAUGAAAACCAGGGCAUUCCAGGUGGAACAAAUGCGGCAUAAAGACUCUCGCAUUAAGUUAAUGAAUGAAAUUCUGAGUGGCAUAAAGGUACUGAAGCUGUAUGCUUGGGAACCAUCGUUUUCAGCCAAAGUGUUGGAGAUACGAAAGAACGAGCUCCGUGUUCUGAAAAAAUCUGCCUAUCUCAAUUCGUUGUCCACCUUUGCGUGGGUCAGCGCGCCGUUCCUGGUAGCAUUGACGACGUUUGCUGUAUAUGUCUCAGUGGAUGAGAAGAACGUCCUGGACGCAGAAAAGGCUUUUGUCUCCCUCUCCUUGUUUAAUAUCUUAAGGUUUCCCCUCAGCAUGCUUCCACAAGUCAUUAGCAACCUUGCACAGACAAGCGUUUCCCUAAAGAGAAUUCAGCAGUUCCUGAAUCAUGAUGAGCUUGAUCCAGAUUGUGUGGAAACAAAAGCGAUUGCACCAGGCUAUGCCAUCACGGUAACAAAUGGGAUGUUCAGCUGGGGAAAGGAGCUCAAGCCAUCUUUGAAAGAUAUAAAUCUGUUGGUCCCCAGUGGUUCUUUGGUUGCUGUUGUUGGCCAUGUUGGCUGUGGGAAGUCUUCUCUGGUGUCUGCUCUCCUGGGUGAAAUGGAAAAGCUGGAAGGAGAAGUGGCAGUGAAGGGUUCUGUUGCUUAUGUGCCUCAGCAAGCCUGGAUCCAGAAUGCCACGCUGAAAGACAACAUUUUGUUUGGCCACGCUCCUAAUGAACAAAAAUACCAAAAUGUCCUGGAGGCUUGUGCUUUAAAAACUGACCUGGAAGUGCUGCCAGGAGGAGAUCAGACUGAAAUAGGAGAGAAGGGCAUCAACCUCUCAGGAGGCCAGAGGCAGCGAGUGAGCCUUGCUCGUGCAGUGUUCAGUAACUCCGACGUUUACCUAUUAGACGAUCCUCUUUCUGCUGUGGACUCCCAUGUGGCAAAGCACAUCUUUGACCAAGUUAUUGGGCCAGAUGGGGUACUUAAAGGAAAAACUCGAAUUCUGGUGACCCAUGGCAUCAGCUUCCUCCCUCAAGUGGACCAUAUAGUUGUCCUGGUGGAUGGCAAAGUCUCUGAGAUGGGAUCUUACCAAGACCUUCUGAAACAAAACAAGGCCUUUUCAGAAUUCCUGCGAAAUUAUGCGCUUGACGAGGACAUUGAAGAAGAUGAGCCAACAAUGGAGGAAGAGGAGGUCCUUCUAGCUGAAGACACCGUCAGCAUCCACACUGAUCUGGCAGAUAACGAACCGGUGUCUAACGAGGUCCGCAAACAGUUCCUUAGGCAACUUAGCGUAAUAUCUUCGGAGGGAGGAGAAUGUCCCAACAAAAUGUCAACGAGACGAAGAGUCUGUGAAAAGAAGCCAGCAGAGCCUCCUCUGCCAAGAAAAAAUCAUAAUGAGAAACUUACUCAGGCAGAAAGCUCUGAAACAGGAACGGUAAAGUUAACAGUGUUCUGGCAAUACGUGAAGGCUGUGAGCCCUAUCAUUUCUUUAGUUAUAUGUUUCCUAUAUUGCUGUCAAAAUGCUGCUGCUAUCGGGGCCAACGUGUGGCUCAGUGACUGGACCAACGAGCCAGUGAUAAAUGGCACUCAGCACAACACAACCAUGCGGAUCGGAGUCUAUGCUGCCUUGGGCCUCUUGCAAGGCACGUUAGUACUCAUCUCCUCUUUCACCCUGGCGAUGGGAGGCAUUAACGCAGCCCGGACGCUCCAUGCUGGCCUCCUGGAGAACAAAUUUCACACCCCGCAGUCCUUCUAUGACACCACUCCAACUGGCCGCAUCAUCAACCGCUUUUCAAAGGACAUCUAUGUGAUCGAUGAAGUAAUCCCACCGACCAUCUUGAUGUUCCUUGGAACGUUCUUCACCUCCUUAUCAACGAUGAUUGUAAUUAUAGCGAGUACUCCGCUCUUCGCCGUGGUUAUAGUUCCCCUUGCAAUCCUGUACUUCUUUGUUCAGCGCUUCUAUGUAGCUACCUCCCGCCAGCUGAAGCGCCUGGAAUCUGUGAGCAGAUCUCCCAUCUACUCACACUUCUCAGAAACGAUCACAGGGGCCAGUGUCAUCAGAGCCUACAGAAGAGAGAAGUCUUUCGUAGACAUCAGUGAUCUAAAAGUGGAUGAAAAUCAGAAGAGUUACUAUCCUGGCAUUGUAUCAAACAGGUGGCUGGGCAUUCGGGUUGAAUUUGUGGGGAACUGUGUUGUCCUUUUUGCUGCCCUCUUUGCUGUGAUUGGUAAAAACAGCCUGAAUGCUGGCCUAGUAGGACUUUCAGUAUCGUAUGCAUUACAGGUGACCAUGUCUCUGAACUGGAUGGUCCGUAUGACUUCUGAUCUUGAAACCAACAUUGUGGCUGUUGAAAGAAUAAAAGAGUAUUCAGAAACUGAAACAGAGGCUCCCUGGAUAAUAGAAGACAGGCGUCCCCCAGAAGACUGGCCAUCCAAGGGCGAGCUGGAGUUUGUGAAUUACUCGGUGAGGUACAGGAAGGGCCUGGACCUAGUGCUGCAAGAUCUAAACCUCCAAGUGCACGGUGGAGAAAAGAUUGGAAUUGUUGGCAGAACUGGAGCAGGGAAGUCCUCCAUGACACUCUGUCUCUUUCGGAUCCUGGAAGCUGUAAAAGGGGAAAUUAAAAUUGAUGGUGUGAAAAUUGCAGACAUUGGCCUCCAUGACCUUCGAUCGAAGCUGACAAUUAUUCCUCAGGAUCCUGUUCUCUUUUCUGGAACGCUGAGGAUGAACCUGGAUCCAUUCAAUAAGUAUUCAGAUGAAGAAAUAUGGAAAGCUCUUGAACUGUCUCACCUGAAGCGGUUUGUCAGCAGUCAGCCCUCCAUGUUGGACUAUGAAUGUUCAGAAGGAGGAGAAAAUCUGAGCGUUGGCCAAAGGCAACUCGUCUGCCUGGCAAGAGCGCUGCUUCGCAAGACGAGAGUCUUGGUCCUGGAUGAAGCGACAGCAGCUAUCGAUCUGGAAACGGAUGAUCUUAUCCAGAUGACAAUUAGGACUCAGUUUGAAGACUGCACGGUGCUGACGAUAGCGCACAGGCUGAACACAAUUAUGGAUUACACCAGGGUUCUUGUUCUAGACAAAGGAACCAUAGCUGAAUUUGAUACGCCUGCGAGCCUUAUAGCGUCAAAGGGUAUUUUCUACAGUAUGGCCAAAGAUGCCGGACUAGCAUGAAAAGGCGACCCCUUGGUUUUUUUAUUUUACUGACUCGACACAGAAGUGACUGGUGAAUGUACUGUAAUUUACAGAACAGUCUUUGUAGUAGACUAAACUUUUGAUAUGUGAACAAAGUAUUUACAACCAUACGGACCAGAAAGUGAAUUUUAUAUUUUUGAAAUAUUUUCUAUAUACAUAAAGUAUUUUAUUAAGCGUUUUUUUCCCGAAGAAUGCCAAACAUUCUGCUGAGAACACGUAUGUAUCACAAGCACUCUGUACUGUAUUCUGGUUUAUAAUUAGU